CGUGCUCCCCUCCCCGCCGCGCCGCCACUCCGAGCUCUCCGCCUUCCCUUCCCUUCGCGCGCCGCCACCCCCGCACGCAGCCCCGAUCAACCAUGGCGCCGGCGGAAGGAGGCGGAGGCGCCGCCGCCGCGCGGGCGCUGUCGCAGCGGGAGCAGGACAUACAGAUGAUGCUCGCCGCCGACGUCCACCUCGGCACCAAGAACUGCGACUUCCAGAUGGAGCGCUACGUCUUCAAGCGCCGCUCCGAUGGCAUCUACAUUAUCAAUCUUGGCAAGACAUGGGAGAAGCUGCAGCUCGCGGCGAGGGUGAUUGUUGCCAUUGAGAACCCCCAGGACAUCAUCGUCCAGUCUGCCCGCCCCUACGGCCAGCGCGCCGUCCUCAAGUUCGCGCACCACACCGGUGCGCACGCCAUCGCCGGAAGGCACACGCCCGGUACAUUUACCAAUCAGCUCCAGACCUCCUUCAGCGAGCCCCGGCUGCUCAUCCUCACCGACCCGAGGACUGACCACCAGCCAAUCAAGGAGUCUGCUCUGGGAAACAUCCCGACCAUUGCCUUCUGUGACACCGACUCCCCCAUGCGGUAUGUUGAUAUCGGCAUCCCAGCUAACAACAAGGGAAGGAACAGCAUUGGGUGCUUGUUCUGGCUCCUGGCCAGGAUGGUACUUCAGAUGAGGGGUACUAUCCUCCCCGGGCACAAGUGGGAUGUCAUGGUUGAUCUGUUUUUCUAUAGAGACCCUGAGGAAGCCAAGGAGCAGGAGGAGGAAGCUACUGCAGCACAAGAUUUUGCUCCCAUCACUGAAUACGCUGCACCUGAACAAUGGCCUUCUGACCAGUGGCCCUCUGAUGUGGCUGCUCCAGUUGCUGGUGCGGAGUGGGGUGCAGCUCAAGCUCCUGUUACUGCUGCUGCCCCUGUCGAUGGAUGGGAUCAAGCAGGAGCGCCUGUUGCAGCAGAAGGCGCUGUCGUUCCACCGGUCGCCCCUACUGGCUGGGACACAGCAGCGCAACCACCUGCUCAAGGCUGGGACAACUAAUCACUUUGAGAUGUCUUCGGCAGCUUAAGUUAAAUAUUUCCUGAGGCAUGAAUGAACACCCAAAAUCAGAUGCGAUCAUCUAUAGCUACACCAUGAACUCUAUUGUUUUUAGGAAUUUCUAGCUGAACCUGUCGUUUGUCCCCUAUUUUGAACAACAUUGCUGUGAGGAUGAGCUCGGCAAGAUGUGUGGUAUAUGUUACUCUUUCUACUCUUUGGCCUUCGUUUGUUCUGUAGCGUAUUAUAUCAAUCUUUCGGCAGAAUAUCAUGGCUUUACACACGCA